UGUGUAAUGAUGGUGAUCGUGCAUCAUUAGAAAAUCAGAUCACCUAGUUUAGGUUAAUUUAAUUCAAAUAUUAAAAAUAUCUUUGAAACUGAAACGCAAACAAGAAAAUUCGAUUUCAAUGGCUGAGCUAUUCCUCAGUUCUCUUAGUGAGCAUUUGAAUGACAUAAAUGUUCCGAGUAAUCUAGACAAAAUAUACAAAGAAGAAUGCGUGUUUUCAUUUGAUACGCCGGAAACUGAUACUGGUCUCUAUGUAUGUCUUAACACAUUCUUGGGGUUGGGUCGAGAACAUGUUGAACAUCAUUAUCAAAGAGUGAAGAAGGCUGUAUAUUUACAUAUAAAAAGGGAGAAAACUGAGAUUAAGUCAUCCACCGUAACCGGAGAUGCUCCUGAGAAGAAAGUCACUCGUCUUGCGAUUGGUGUAGAGGGCGGUUUUGAUCCGGAGGCUGGAAAUAAGUUUGAGACCAAAGAGACUUAUAGUGUGGUUAUAUUGCCUCAGUUUCUGUCUCUACCUUGGCCUAACAAUGAUCUUCCACCUAAGGUUCAACAAAGUGUUCAAGCAGUUUUGGACUCAGAGUCUGCCACCAAACUAGCAGAGCUUGAAGCCUUAGCUGGAACAUGGGACGGCGAAGUUCGUCAAGUUUCCAAGCAUGCAGAGAACCUGCUGCAAUUGGACAAUGGCAAAAAGAUUCCCCCGAGUGGUUGGCAGUGUGAGAACUGUGACUUGAACACCAACCUGUGGCUAAACCUGACGGACGGAUCUAUCCAAUGUGGCCGCAAGUUCUACGAUGGCACUGGUGGCAACGACCACGCAGUCCACCACUACAGGGAGACAGGAUAUCCAUUGGCUGUGAAGCUAGGAACAAUCACCAAAGAUGGCAAGGGUGAUGUUUGGAGCUAUGUGGAGGAUGACAUGGUGGAGGAUCCCCACCUCGUGAAACACUUGGCCCAUUGGGGAAUCAAUGCAUCUGUACUGGAAAAGACAGACAAGUCCAUGAUAGAGAUGGAGCUGGAGUGUAACCAGAGGCUAGGGGAAUGGUCAGCACUACAGGAGAGUAACAGUGAGCUGCGGCCGUUGUAUGGUCCUGGAUACACAGGACUAGUCAACCUAGGCAACACUUGCUACUUCAACAGUGUGAUGCAAGUAGUAUUCUUUGUGCGGGACUUUGUAACUAGAUAUGUAGAUUCUUCUCCUAAUAUAUUUGACAACGCACCCAGCAAUCCUGCUACUGACUUCCAUGUUCAGUUGGCCAAGCUGGGCCUCGGACUGUUAUCAGGCAAGUACUCUCAACCCCCGCCCGAGGACGCCAGAGACAAGUGGUGCAAGGGUAUCUCACCUCACAUGUUCAAGAACCUGCUGUGUCGAGGACACCAGGACUUCUCUACCAAACAUCAGCAGGACGCGCAGGAGUUCUUCCUCUACUUCAUCACCACCUUGCAGAGACACUGCCGUUUGGCUGGACCGGACCCCAGCGAGUGUUUCAAGUUCCAGGUGGAGGACAGGUUCGUGUGUGGAGCUAGUGGCAAGGUGAAGGUGUCACAUCGUACAGAGUACUGUCUGCCAUUACCUAUACCUCUGGAGGCAGCAGAGAACCACGCAGAGGUUCAAGAGUGGCAGCGGCGCCGUCAGGAGGCAGAGACCAGCGGCCUCAGGCUAGACCCUAAUGAUGAGGUGAGACUGAGAUUGAAACUUGCCAACUGUCUUGAGGCUGUGUUUACCAAGGAAGAUACCGUGGAGCAGUUCUUCAGCACAGCUCUCAAUGCCAAGACCACAGCUAAAAAGACAACGAAGUUAGCAACUUUUCCUGACUAUCUCCUACUACACUUGAAGAAGUUUACAAUGCGAGAAGACUGGACACCCAUAAAGUUGGAUGUGGCUGUGGACAUGCCUGAUAUGUUAGACCUGACACAGUACAAAGGCAAAGGGCUGUUGGCAGGAGAGGAGCCCAUGCCUGAGCUGCAGGGUGACCCACCCCCACUGGCCCUGGACCAAGGAGUUGUACAGGCUCUGACUGACAUGGGCUUUCCCCCGGAGAGUGCCAAGAAGGCAGUGUACUUCACCGGUAACCAGGGCCUGGAGCCAGCCACAAACUGGAUCAUGGAACACAUCGGUGACUCUGACUUUGCUGACCCCUUCGUUCCCCCGGGCACCGACAAGAGUGACUCCCAAGGUUUUGUAGCCAAUGAAGAAGCCCUCAACAUGAUCAUGACAAUGGGCUUCAACAGAUCUCAAGCGUUGAAGGCGCUGAAAGCAACAGCCAACAACGUGGAGCGAGCAAUUGACUGGAUCUUCAGCCACGCUGCAGAACUAGACAAUCCGAGUGCUGAGAGCCCCCCUCCACCACCAGAGUUCCGGGACGGCAACGGAGUUUACAAGCUGGUGGCGUUCAUUUCUCAUAUGGGAUCAUCAACCAUGGUUGGCCAUUACGUGUGUCACAUCUUGCGUGAAGGGCGCUGGGUCAUUUACAAUGAUGAAAAAGUGGCUCUCUCUGAAAACCCACCUCGUCAACUUGGAUACUUGUAUUUAUACCAACGUGUGAACUGAACAAAGUGUGAUGAAACAUUUUUGCUACGAAUUACAAUUUUGAAAUUGAUCAGUGGUCUGUACAUUUUUUUACACUCGUGUAAACUUUCUCAAAUCUUAAAAAAGGGUGUUGUGUUGUUAGAACCUUUGUUGCGUUAUUUAAUAUAUUGAUAAUGUAUAUACAGUAUAUAUCAUUUGUAUGGAACACAUUCUUGUGUUUCAUUAUUGAUGUUCGAACAUUCGAUUAAAAUUAUGGCAUUUACAGUUUAUAUUUUUGUUUUGUGUUUUCAUAGGUCAUCCUAAAACUUGUAACUUGAUUCUUAAAUUAAACCUUUUGCUUUUUGA